AUGAGAGUGGCCUUGGCGGUUGCGUCAACGCCAAAAGUCGUCGUUGUUGCCGCGCAUGAAAAGGCAGAGAGACGAAGAAAAACAUCCUCGUCGUCAGCGCGUGGCCUUGCCGCCUUGAAUGGAGGCGGUCGUCAUACCCGAGGCGACCACGUGCGAUUGGACGCGAUUCGGGACAACACGAACAGCGACAGUUCCUCAUCCAACGCGCAAUCGGAGGAGUACGACGACGACGACGACGACGAAAUGAUGACGAUGAUGAUGACCACGAACAAGACGACGAAGAAAGUCUCGCGACCCGCGCGUAAACCGAAAGUUUCAAAGACGAAGAUGAAGAACGAGCGACGAAAGGAUAACCCUCCGGGGACGUCUCCCGAAAGAGAGAAUUCUUCCUCCUCUUCGUCUUCUCUGUCUUCUCGACAGACUUCGACGAAAGAUAAAAAACAACUCUCCUCAACGUCGGAGUCAUCAACGAAGUCGUCGGCGGCGGGCACGCGCGAACGCACGGCGACGUUCGCGUCGAGAUACCAAGGCACGAUGCAGGCGAGUUUCGGGAGAAGUGAUGGGUCUUCGCCUCCCAGGAAAUACGAACGAGCGAACAGCAUCGACGAAGAGCUGAUGAUGAGCAGUAGUAAUAGUAGUCAUUCUUCUUACGACGAUCACGAAGGUGGAGGAAGAAGGGAUUCGUACAAUCGAGGCGGACGCAGUUCUUCGUCGUCGAAUCCGAACAGAAAUAGUUUUCGAAGCGCGAACGUGGAGAGUUACAAUCAAGUGUUGCGAGCGUUUGAUUCGGUUAGUCGGGAGGACGAGGACGACGACGCGGACGAGAACGAUGCUUUGAAAGCCGCCAACGUGGACAAGUUUGGCGACGAUGGAAGCGAUGAGUACGACGCGUUGGCGAUUUCCGCGCCGGGCGUCGGUCAGAGUUGGGCCAAGUUAGAGUUAGCCGCGGAUACCGGGAACGCGCCGAAAGCUUUGGAGGCGUUGGAGGCGCUGUUGGAGAUGGAGUGCGCGCAGCCGUUGAGGGCGUAUAACUCGGCGCUGAGAGCGUGUAAACGAGCUCGGCCACCGGCGUAUCGAUCGGCGACGACUUUGUUACAACGCAUGAGAGCACAAGAGAAGUCAGACGUGAAACCGAACCAAAGAACGUACCACGAAGUUAUCGCGGCGUACGCUCGAGCGCACGAGUGGCGGUUAGCGGAGAGAACGUUUGAGGAAAUGAAAAGAGAUCCAAACGUUGGAUGGCACGAAACUUUAGAUAAAAUCGCCGCGGAAUACGAGAAUAAAACCAAUAAAGAUGACGACGACAGAGAAGACGAUGAAGAUAGUUAUAACAAUAGCAGAUACUCGAGGAGUGGUGGUGGCGGACGAUAUGGCGGCGGCGGAUACGGCGAACGAAGACCGUUCGUGGCGAGAGAUCGCAAAGGUCCGUCCAACGAUAUCGUGAGAGUGUACACAUCCCUCAUCAGCGCGUACGGGAAAGGUGGUCAGUGGGAAAAAGCGUUGGCGGCCUUUCAAGAAUUAGAGAACACGCCUGGGUGCUUUUGCGAUACGGGCUCGCACAACGCGUUGUUAUCCGCCGCGGUGAGCGCGGCGAAGUAUCCGGAAGCUGCUCAAUUGUUCACUUCUAUGGCGAAAAAUCCGCGCGUGAGACGAAAUGUCACCACAUACAACUCGUUAAUCACGAGUUACGGAAAGCAGCGCAAAAUUGGCGACAUGGAAUCAAUUUUUGCCCAAAUGGCGAGGAAUGGUGUGUUCGCGAAUGAAACAACGCACGCGGUUAUGAUUGCCGCGCACGGGAACAAUACCUCUACCGGUGAUAAAGACUGUAAACGCGCGCUGGAUUUACUCACUCGAUGCGCGAGGAAUCCAAAGUUACGGUGUUCCGCGGUUGUUUUUAACUCCGCUCUCGGCGCGUGCGCGAAACAAUCCGACCACGAAUCUUUCAAUUUGGUUUUGAAAAUGAUGCGAGAAGAAGGCAUCGUUCCGACUUUGAUCACGUACAAUACGAGAUUGAUGGAAUCGACGGCGAGAAGAGACUGGCGAGAAGCCGCGAGAGCGUAUAAAGAGCUACUCUUAGACGGUUUGUUACCGGAUUCCAUAACUUUUGAUUGUUUGUGUGGCAUAGAGAAGCUCGUGUUGGCGAGAGAACGCAUGGAAGCUUUGGCGCUCGAAGAAGAAGAUUGGAAAGGCUUGAAGAUUGAGGCUUUGGAGGACGAUCCGUCCACGAUGGCCGCGAAGGAUGUCGCGAAAAGAGAUAAUGCGCAUUUAAAUUCCGACGACGAAGACGACGAAGACGAAGACGACGACUUGUUAUCGAGAUCCAACCCAAUGGGCGAACUUCCAGACUUACUCUUGGACAUUAUUCGCGAUGAAGCGUUGAACGCCAAGUUGAAGAAUAACAAAGGCGUUCAAACCGCCGCGUACGACGCGUACCUGCGCGUGUGCUACGCCGACGGCCGUUUCGAUGAGGUCUCGGAUGCCUUCUCCCGAAUGAUUUCCGAAAAAGUUCCGCGAACUGUCCACACGUACAACUCUUUGUUGAUCUCCUUCGAAGCCUCCUGCAAAUGGCGCGAGGCUGAAAACGCGAUGAACUUGAUGAAGAAAGAAACGCCGGAAAUCUUUCCGGAUGCGUUGACCUUUGACGCGUUAAUCGAUGUGUGCGAAGAGAUGGGACAAUGGGACCGCGCGACGCAAUACCUCGAAGACGCUCAAAACAAAUACGGCUACCUCGGCUGCGAAGAUGAAUUAGGCGUUCUCGAUUUGCACCGAGUCCGCUCCGCUGGCACCGCCCAAUGUGUCUUGCGUUGGUGGCUGAGACGCAUGCGCCAACGUGCGUUAGCUCCGAUGGAUAUCCAAUCCGCUGGUAAAGGCACUCGCACCCUCCUCACCGGUACGAGCAAAGAAACGCUCCCCAUCUCCAUCCGAGACCUUCCCGAUGAAAUCUCCGUCGUCACCGGUUGGGGCAAACACUCCACCGUCUACGGCCGAUCCCCGGUCAAAACGAGAGUCUUAGCUACCAUGAAAGCUUUAAAUUCUCCAUUCACGGUCCCGGAGAAAAACAUCGGCUCCGUCGUCGCCGAACGAGGCGCCGUUCGCUCCUGGUUAGUCAAAGAAGAGUUGCUCUCGUUGGGAAGGUUCCUCCUCGGGAAUCGCGACGCGUUAAAAAGGAACUUCAACCCGAUGAGCGGUCCGAGAAAAGUCACCGACGAGGACGUGUUGAGCGAAGCCACCACGAGUAAGCCGCAAUAA